AGCAUAGUCAUCAUGCAACAAACUAAAGUUCGACCUAGUAUUCCACUUGGACAUAGCUACACGAAGCUGACUCCUCUGGACCAAUACAUGGUGCGUGUGAUCCUUCCCAUGAUGUGUGUUUUCCAGCUUGACAGCGACGUCGAUCGAUCGAGUGUGGUUCAAAAUCUACAAGCCGGCCUGAUCCACACUAUCGACGAGAUCAACAUUCUUGCAGCCUAUGUCGUUCUCGAAGACCCUCGCCGUGGUACUAUCCACCUGGAAUUCGAAGAAGAUGCAGGUAUCACCUUCUUUGUCAAAGAUAUGCCUGAAGUCCGGUUCGAAGAUUUAGCCAAACGCCAUUUCCCUUUCUCAGGCAUGGAAGCAUCUGGAUACUGUCCUGAGCCCUUAGGACAUACUGAAAAGAGCCCUGUGAUGACUGUUCAAGUGACAUUCAUCACUGGCGGGCUCGUUCUUACUUUCAAUGGGCAUCAUUCUGUGCUGGAUGCACAGGCACUAGGCACUUUUGCCGAGACUUGGGCUAGGAAUGUCCACGCUGAGUCGCGUGGAUGGACGGUUGCGAGUUCAGAUCGACUUCCGGCCGGUUGUCUAGAUGGGUCAUAUCUCCUCGGCGGCCACUGUGGGAAGUCAUUGCAAGAGUUCCAGACAUACAAAUCGAUCCCAAACUGUCAAUUCCAGGAGACGCAGUGUCAUAUUCUCGAGUCAGCUGUGAAGGGCGAUCGUGGACAGCAAGAACAUCUAGUUAAACUCUCGCACUGGAUCUUAACCCCCGACGCGAUCGACCGACUGAAACAAGCCAAUCAGCCGCCUUCUCACGAUCUUCCAUUCAUGACUGAAAAUUCAUUGAUCUCCGCGCUCGUUUGGCGGUACAUAACUCGGGCCCGACGAAGCGCAGGAAUCACUGUCGACAAUAGUUCGAUUCUGAGCUCUGUCAAUGUGCGCAGACGCGUUGAUCCACCUCUACCGCUAGAGUACAUUGGUAACGCGAUCGUUCUAGCACGUGCCAAUGCUUCUGUUGGGAAACUGCUGUCGGAUGAAAGUGGAUCACUCUAUCAAUUGGCUCAUGAGAUCACUGAUUCAAUUGAUUGGUGGACCUCCGAACGUAUCUGGGAGCUCGCUGGAACAAUCGAUACCAUCGACAACGUAUGCAAUGCAAUGCACCCACCAUCCGGCUAUGAUGUAUUGAUCACGAGCCCUUCCCGCUUAGAAGACGUGUUAGGGGGCGCAUCAUGGGGAGAUGAUUUGGGCCCAAUACAGGCUCUACGAUUUUCAUUCCCAGCGUUUAUGGAUGGUUUCGUGGUGGUACUUCCGAGCAUCCGAGGCGGCCUAGAGAUCAUGAUAUGGGUGAACCCGAGAGUGAAGACGUAUCUUGGAGAAGACUCUGAAUGGCUCCAGUGGGUCUCUGCAGCCACCUGA